ACGCCCCUCUGUUUUUUCUUCUUCAUUUUGCAUACACGUACGCUUUACUCUUCAAUUUACCAGUUGAAACCCAUUGAAAGCGAAGCGCGGCUUGUCAAAACGCAGCCACGGCCACGUUGACCAGGCCAGAGCGGCAGCGCAGGAAGAGGAGGAGAAGAAGAAGCGAGGGCAGCCUCUUCAUAGGAUACUAUUCUUAUCUAUCUUUUUACCCCCUUCGGUGGACUUGGCUCUGCCUGCCGGUGAGGAAAAUCUGCUGUUCACACUCAUGAAGCGGUACAGAGACGUUAAAGAUACAGAAAGCGAAUAACGGAAAGGUUAGACGCUACAGUGUAGCGGCGCAAUAGUCGCAUGUGCUGGCUGGGCUCGGCGCUGGAAAGACCAAGUCGGAUUGCAAGCUGAAAUCCUUCAUGUGUGAGAAAUCCUUCACGUUUUAAGGCAAUUUAUUCAAGUAGCUAGAUUAGCUUGGAAACUGCCGCCAAUGCUGGUCCAUUUGCUAUUGUGUGCGUUUGAUAUAACUUAGCUAGGCGGGCAACCAGGACGCGCUGAUGAGCCUGUGUGCGUAGCGGAAUGAUGAUCAAAAUAAACCUCUACCAGACAAGCGCUAAUGGCUCACGUUAACUGUCAAAACCUUUUUUGAUAUUUGACUAUCAAAUUCAGCAUCAUAGCCGGUGUUUCUGGUCAGAACAGAUAGGCCCCGCUAUCAUUUAUAAAACUGUCCUGGUCGCCCAUGUCUUAAAUUGGAAAACAAAGAAUUAAGCUACUGAAGAGGGUAAGCUGGUUAGAUAAGCUUGUUUUAGCGUUUUUAGUUGAGCUAGCAAGCUGGUUCACGGAUUAGACACCCAGUCUGGACAGUAUUGGUCCCUGCAUUUCCUCUACCCUUCUUUGGAGUAGGCUACCCUUCUUUUUUGUUCUUCCUGCGUCGCACCACAAUGAGCGGUCAUACCGGGGACGCCGGUCCCGUGGAAGUGGAGCCCAUGCCGGGAUACUUGGACCUCAUCACCAAGGCCUCCACCGUAAUGCUGGGAGCAUGGAGAGACUGUAGUCCUUGCGGGUUGGAGCUCUCUAAACAGACUCUCCUGGAUAAUGCAAAUAUUACCUUGACCGAGAUCACCCUAUUCUUCUUUUGCGCCUUUUUGUGGACGCAGAUCAGGCGGGGACUGACAGAAAGUCUGUUUCAGCCUCUAGCACAGUGGUGCAGGCUGCUGCCCAAAGAUGCUGCCAAGAUGCCAGAGAGCGCGUGGAAGCUGGUCUUCUACACAAUGUCCUGGUCAUACAGCACCUACCUGCUCUUCUUCACCUCCUACUCCUUUUUCCAUGACCCGCCCUCUGUCUUCUACAACUGGAAGAGUGGUAUGUCAGUGCCUACCGACAUCGCCAUAGCCUACCUGAUCCAGGGCAGCUUCUACGGCCACUCCAUCUAUGCUACGGUCUACAUGGACGUGUGGAGGAAGGACUCAGCUGUCAUGGUGGUGCACCACAUCAUCACCCUGGCACUCAUUAGUUUUUCCUACGCCUUUAGAUACCACAACGUAGGGAUUCUGGUGUUGUUCCUCCACGACAUCAAUGACAUUCAGCUGGAGUUCACCAAGCUCAACAUCUACCUGAAGUCCAGAGGAGAAGGCUAUCACCUGCUCAACGACGUGCUAUCCAACAUGGGCUCAGUCAGCUUCAGCAUCACCUGGUUCUGGUUCCGUCUCUACUGGUUCCCUCUCAAAGUGCUAUAUGCCACAUGUGUGUCCAGUCUCCAGUCGGUCCCCAACAUCCCUUUCUACUUCUUCUUCAACACUCUUCUCCUGGCACUGCUGCUCAUGAACAUCUACUGGUUCUUGUUCAUUGUUGUUUUCGUAGUGAAGGUGCUAAAAGUGAAGGAGGUGAACGACGUCAGGGAGUACGAGGACGAGGAAGGCGACAACAAGGCAGCUGGCCUGCUCAGGGAACCUCAGGCGGAAAACCACGGUGGUGAUGAUGCUGGACAUCACAACUCCGGCCAGGGAAAGCACGUGCAGAAUGGGGUCAACAAAAAGAAGCAUCUAUAACGGGCUAUCCGUCGCCACCACCUGGCCCUAGGCUACAACUACAAGCAUAACAAGAUGCCAUCCUUGGACGGCUCACACUCAAAAAACAUGGCUGGAGGGAAGAGGGUUACAAAAGAAAAAGGGAAACAAAAUAGCAAGUUUUUACCUCUUUUUUUAAAUUUAUUUUACAACAUUUCCUUUCAUCGCUGUCAUUUUGUUUUGUUUUUAUUAGAGCACUGUGAUGUCGUGUCAGGUGACUUUUGGUCUUAUUGUUGUUAACUUUACAUCUGAUAGAUUCAGUAGAAAGAAAUAAAACUGUUUGAGUUAGAGUUAGGCUGUGAUUCUUACGUACAGUCAGACAGGGUGUCAUAAUCCUCACCGUCACCCUGAACAGCGCCACAGCGCCCAGAUUGCAGUCUGUAGACAUUUAGACCAACAGUAACCAUUAGCAACCUGGUAGACAAGCAGCCAAUUCUAAUAGGGUUGAGCUGUGUUAGCGCUGUCAGUGAAAUAAUGAAUUAAUUUCCUCCUUUAACCUCCGACCAACUUCUCUGACGUCAGACAUGAAGAGAAAACGCCCCCAAAAAAAUCAAAUGGGAAACAUUGCGUUGUUCUCAGUAUCAUUUUUCAUGGCUGCAGUAACGCAAGAGAGCCGUUCUACCACAUGUAUUGAUUUUCAUAUCACUGGACAAGUCAGUGGUGGCAACCACACAGCUUCUGGCAUGCAUUAGUUUGAAUUGAAAAGUCACACUGGGGUGUGCGUGUGUGUGUGUGUGUGUGUGUGUGUGUGUGUGUGCGUGUGUGUGUGCGUGCGUGUGUCAGACAUUCCAGGAUGGAUUUUAAACUCAAAAUCCUUCACAAUAUUUCGCCUCUCAGUUUGAUUUCUUUUCACAUUUUAUCUCUUGCACUGAUGAUCAACAGACAUUGGACACAUUUAAUUGUAUGGAAAAAGCUUCUUUUUUUGUAGUUUUGCAGAGCAUCUGUUGCUGCACUGACAUGAAGGCAUUCAAGCUGGUUGCUGGUUUAAUGACAGCAAAUAGCUAGAAUUGAUUGAGCGGGUUUCAGUAUCAUCCUCAUCAUUUAAUUUGUUUAAACAAUAUGUUUGACUAACAUUUAGAACCAGUUUUGUGGGUGGUGAUGGCGGCUAUCGGGUUCACAGAAAAAUGUUAACAAUAUCCAAGAACUUGUGUAAUGAUAAAGAUCAGUGUGAUUAAAAUAAAAAAUAAAAAAACAUUACGUAUGCACACAUUAUGGUAUUCAGGAAUGCAUGACAUUGAAUGAUUUCGGAAAUACGCUAUGAAAUUGUCCUACAGACAAUGAAGAACACAUCCUAUGGCUACGUAAUCCUAAUGUCUCUAUUAAUGUCUAAAAUAACCAUCCUAAAAGUGAUCAUUCUUUGAAGCAGCAGUGACUACUGAACAUGCAUAACGUUGGCUGACAAAACAGAGACAUUUAUUUCAGACGCACAUUAAGUGGCAAAAUUAAAGUCUAUUAUGUCCCAGAAAUCCCACAUAUGGAGAGAGUUUUGAUAUCACCUGUAAUUCAAACUCAUUAAACUACAGUGGAAAGGUUUCCAUGGAUCCCACUGGUUUACUGUUAGUGGAAACAGCUGCUGCACCUGUAGUAAAUAAGGUAUAUGUCUAUUCUUCCUACCUUCUCGAUCAAAUUCAAGCUCUUGUUUUGAUGAACAGCGUGCUUGUGCUGCUGGAGCAGGCCGCAGAUGCCGUUCUGUUUUAGUUUAUCUGUUUGUCUUCCACAAUCCCCACAUAAGCACAUGUGGGGGGGGGAGUUCAAACUACUUUUUAUUUAAUAUUAAACUAUCACUAUUAUUGCUGUAGUUAAGGUUAUCAUUGUUGAAUUGUUUUUGAAUUGCUGCUGCUUUUUGGCUUCCUCUGAGAGCACUGUUGGAAUCCCAGUUUAGUCGUCUUCUUCUGCUGCGUACGAGUCUGUGAUCGUCUGCUUAGAUCGGAUAUAUUUUCUGGGAGAGUUGUUUUGUUCAUCUACAUUACAAACAUCUGGAUUAAUAUCAGAUCUAUUCCUUUUAAUCUAAUUGCUGGCUCACACAUUUUACUGUAUUCUGAUCAUUAUACAUCUGUGCUGUAAAAGUAACAGUUUGUCAAACAUUUUGCUGUGUAAUAUAUCAGACAUCCUGUAGCAUGGUGUUCUGGCAGGAAGUGACCUCUGCCGUCUUGACUAUUCAACUGUGAGUUUGCUGAUAUUUGUGUGAUGGUGAGAGAUGUGAAGUUUGCAAUAAACCCCAAAAAACCUGUAACCUGGAUUAGGAGUGACUCAUCAUCAAGUCUGGUAUGGUACAGUGUGCGAAAAGGUGCACCUUCAAUCUCUCUCCCAACUGUGUCGUGCUACAAACAGUCCUAUGAUGUGAGACUGAGUAACUGCUACUAGGGGUGGGCGAUAUGAAUGUGAAAUGCAUCAUCAGACAAUAUUAAUUUGAUGUACUGUUUACACCGUGGCAUCAAUGUUUAAUCAAUGAGCUGUUUUAUGGAAAUAUUGGAUUUGAUCAUUUUGCAUCUAAAGUACUUUGUCUUUUCAGGAAUUUACAUUGAUGGAUUACCAAAAAAACAGCUGCAGCAACUACCAGGUGUACAGUAGAUCAUUUUAGUAUUUUUUCUGAAACUUUAUUAAAUCAUCAUGUAUGUAAGUAUGAUAUGAAAGAAAUUGUAUCCAUGUCAUCCACCCCUCACUAUUACCCAGAUGUGAGGAAAUCUGAAAUUGAAGGGAGAAAAAAACAUUUUGAAAUUGUUGUUAUUUUUCUUCCUGUAUUGAUGUGGCUUAUUUUUAUUUAAACGUCCAAAAUGUUGGAAACAUGUCGCAUUUGAAGCUCAGUUCAGUCAGACAACGUUUUUGUACAGACGAAAUGCGAGUUGUCUGCCUGAACUGCUGCUCAAAGGCUUCUCCUUCAUUAUAACACAAAGUAUCUUCCUGAGUGCUUUGACUGUGCCAAAAUGUCCACCCAAAUUAUAAGGCAAGUGUUUGUGGGUGCUGGUGACGAGCGAAGAGGAGAGCUAGUCUGCGACAGGCAGAAGAAGCCCUGCAGGUAUUUCUUAUAAAUUGCACUGUAAUUUAAUAUUUGUUUGUUAGUAGAUCAGAAUUAGAAAAGGGAAGGGGGAUUUUUUACUUUACUUUCUUGCAAGAAUCAGUAACCAAAACUCAUAUUUUAAAAUUGAUUUUAACUUUCCAUUUUCUGGACGAUUGUUGCGCUGUAAUUGAUACAAAUUCACCCUUUUUUCUUAAAUCUGACCACUUGAUGAAGACAUACUUGCCCUUUUGUAAUACUAUUUUAAUACCAUUCAGCCAAUGUUUUUGUUUGAUUUUUUUUCCCAUAAAAUAAAACGUGUCAGUAAACAAGAGACUUUCUCCUUGGGAUUUAUUUUUUAUUUAUUUUAAUCAGACCUGAUAUCAUUUUCUUUGCAAAGAUCAAGUGUUGUGGAUGAGGUUCAGACCAGAGAAGAGUUCCGUUCAGUGCACAAAUGAAAACCAACUGCUUUAAUAAAUUAAAAAGUAAUAUGUACCAUACAGUAUUUCUUUCAUAGUGGU